CCUCAACAAACAUGGCGGCGGCGCGCUCUGCCCUCUCCCGCCAUCGGGGAGGCGCCGGCGCGCGGUGAUGACGCACAAAGCGCGCGACGGGCGGGGCGGCGGGGCCCGAGGGUUUGAGGGAUGCCCAAGAAAUUCCAGGGGGAGAACAGCAAGUCGGCGGCGGCGCGCGCCCGCAGGGCCGAGGCCAAGGCGGCGGCGGAGGCGCGGCGGCAGCAGGAGCUGGAGGAUGAGCUCUGGAAGGACGAGGACAAACACGUCCUGAGGAAGGAGCAGAGGAAGGAGGAGCGGGAGAAGCGGCGCCUGGAGCAGCUGGAGCGCCGCAAGGAGCUGCAGCGCCUGCUGGAGGAGGAGGAUUCCAAGCUCAAGGGGAAAACUCCCAAGCAGGGAAAUCCCGGGAAAAUCACGCGGGCACAGAUCGAGGAGAACGUCCGGAGGGAGCAGAAGGAGAACACGGAUGCAGCAGAGAAGGAGAAAUCCCACCUGGAGCUGCCUCUGGAGGAGAACCUGAACCGGCGCGUGGCCGAGGAGGGCGCGGUGGAGGCGCGCAGCAUCGAGGACGCCAUCGCCGCCCUCAGCGUGUCCCAGCCCCUGGAGCGCCACCCCGAGCGCCGUCUCCGCGCCGCCUUCGCCGCCUUCGAGGAGGCGCAGCUGCCGCGCCUCAAGCGGGACAAUCCCAACAUGCGGCUGAGCCAGCUGCGCCAGCUGCUCAAGAAGGAGUGGAUGAAAUCCCCGGAGAACCCCAUGAACCAGCGGCACAAGGCCUACAACAGCCACAAAUAGCACCCCAAAAAACCCCGGACUGGCCGCCGGAACCCCGGGAGAGCCCUUCCCACGCCGGGGUUUUGGUGAUUUUCUCCCCCUCUCUCUGCUCCUCCUCCUCUCUCCGUGGAUUUCGGGCAAGCUCGAGGUCGGACUGAUGGAUCCUGCUCCUCCCCGAAAUCCCCGGGAAAGCGGCUCCGGGCGGCUCCCGGGCCGGCCUUGGGAUUCUCCUCCUCCGUGGGAUUCUGGAGCCGCCGUGCAGGGAAUGGUCCCGGCGUGACCCCGAAGAGGUUCCAGGCCCUGGAUGUCCCUUGGGUCCCCUUCCCUUUGGGAUUCGGUGUCCCUGCUUCCAUUUCCUUUGGGAUUGGAUAUCCCUGAAAUCCCUGGUCCCAUUUCCUUUGGGAUUGGAUAUCCCUGAAAUCCCAGCUCCCAUUUCCUUUGGGAUUGGGUGUCCCUGGUCCCAUUUCCUUUGGGAUUGGGUGUCCCUGGUCCCAUUUCCUUUGGGAUUGGAUAUCCCUGAAAUCCCUGCUCCUAUUUCUUUUGGGAUUGGCAUAGCCCUGGUCCCAUUUCCUUUGGGAUUGGGUAUCCCUGCUCCCAUUCCCUUUGGGAUUGGGGCCAUUUCCCUUGGGUUUGGAAUAUCCCUGGCCCCAUUUCCUUUGGGAUUGGGUGUCCCUGGUCCCAUUUCCUUUGGGAUUAAGGCCAUUUCCUUUGGAAUUGGGAUAUCCCUGGUCCUAUUACCUUUGGUUUUGGGAUAUCCCUGGUCCCAUUUCCUUUGGAAUUGGGGCCAUUUCCUUUGGGAUUGGGAUAUCCCUGAAAUCCCUGCUCCUGUUUCCUUUGGGAUUGGGUAUCCCUGCUCCCAUUCCCUUUGGGAUUGGGGCCAUUUCCCUUGGGUUUGGAAUAUCCCUGGCCCUAUUUCCUUUGGGAUUGGGUGUCCCUGGUCCCAUUUCCUUUGGGAUUGGGCUGUCCCUGAAAUCCCAGCUCCCAUUUCCUUUGGGAUUGGAUAUCCCUGAAAUCCCUGGUCCUAUUUCCUUUGGGAUUUGGUGUCCCUUGUCCCAUUUCCUUUGGGAUUUGGGCAGUUUCCUUUGGGAUUGGGAUAUCCCUGAAAUCCCAGCUCCCAUUCCUUUGGGAUUGGGGUAUCCUUGGUCCCAUUUCCUUUGGGAUUGGGGCAGAAGCAUCGGGAAGAGGGAAAACCCCUCAGGGAGGAGCGGGAGAAGCCUUUCCUGAGGGGGCCAGCGGUGCCGGGCAGCUCCAGGUGACAUUCCCUGGAAAAAGCUGCUCCAAGGCUGUCCCUGUCAUUCCCUCGGAAUUCUGGAGCCACCACAUGGAAAAAACACUCCCAGGGCUUCACCCUCGGCGCCCCUGAGGAUUCCAGCCUGGGAUUUUGGGAGUAGCAGGGUUGGGAAGAGGGAAAAUCCCUCAGGAAGGAAUGGGGGGAGCCAUCCCCAGCCCGAUUCCUGCUUUUCCUGAGGGGGACAGCAGCUCCAGGUGACAUUCCUGCCAUCCCCCAGCCCCAAAUCCACCCGGGGAGGGGAAAUUCCUGCUUUUCCCAGCCCUUUUUCCCUGUUCUGAUCCCGGGUUCAGAGCCUUGGGAAUGCUGGGUUGGUUCCCUGGGCUCCCUUGGGAUCCUCGGGAAUCCCAAUCCCGGGGUUUUCCCCCUCCCUUUUUCUUUCCCCCGUGCUUUGGGAAUGAAAUUCCUUCCCAGGAACCGGCCUGGAGGUGGCACCAGGCUUCCCCCAAAUCCCAUGGGAUUCCUCCAGGCUCAUCCUUCUCCCUCUUUUUGGGGCUGCCCUCCCCGGGCUGGUCCCUGUUCCCCCAUCCCGGAAUUCCCAAAUCCAGCCAGGGAGGAAUGACCCCCCCCCUGCCCCUUUCUGUGAGUUUGGUGUGUUUGAAUCUAAUUAAAAAUUAAGAAUAAC